AUGAAGCCGCCCUCGUUCAAAGGGGGAAUUGAACCAAUGAAAGCAGAAGCGUGGGUGUUGGGUAUAGAAAAGUUAUUCGAGGUUUUUCCUUGUACUGAGGCCCAAAAAGUGCAACUUGAUGCCUUCACUCUUGAAGACGAGGCACGGAGGUGGUGGAUGCUCACAAGAACUGCACACCAAGGAUUGCCAUGGGCUAGAUUUUUGGAACUGUUUUAUGAAGAGUAUUUUCCCCAAUGUAUGCGAGACAAAAAAGUGACCAAGUUUGAGACCUUGAGACAAGGGAACAGAACUGUUGUAGAGUAUGAGGCUCAAUUUGCCGAAUUGGCCCGUUUCGCACCCCAUAUGGUAGAUACAGACUACAAGAAGGUAAGAAAGUUUGAAGGGGGAUUACGGACUGCUAUUCUCGACCGGAUCAAUGUGUUGAAAUUACCUACAUAUGUUGAUGUGUUGGAAAGGACAGUAAUCGCUGAGGGUAAUAUUGUCGCUCAAAGCCGGGUCUUGGAAUAG